GUUGUGAUAAUGUUACUGUACAGUGUAUCAUACCUUAGUCUACCACUUAUGGCUAUCGUCGAUAAGCAGCGUAAGCUAAGUGAGUGGCUUUAUCUUUCGGGGGUGUUAGUUCUUUGGAUGUCUUCGUCGAUUAACUGGAUCUUCUAUGGACUUUUGAACAGACGAUUCAAGCGGGCCUAUUUACUAUUAUUCAACAGAAUUAGACAUGGUGCCUGUUCCGGUGAUAAGAGAAAUCGCAGAAUUGCUUCAAGUACAUCUGCCAGUAUCCCACGAAGCGGGGAGAUGGUACCCAGUGUGAAUCUAUUGGAAAAUGCACCUGUUCAUGAUGUUUCUGUCAUAACAGUUGCAUCCAAGCAAAGCGAAGAGAUAUCGCCCAUUCUGUCCCAUCCCGUUUCCCAAUCGUCCAAUCCCGUGCCUCAAUCGUCCCAAUUUCCACCUCAUUCCUCCCUUUUUAUAUCUCAAUCGUCCCACCCUAUACCUCAAUCGUCCCAAUUUGCACCUCAUUCCUCCCACCCUAUACCUCAAUUGUCCCACCCUGCACCUCAAUCGUCCCAUCACGUGCCUCAAUCGUCC